AUGUCGACAUCUCUUUAUCUAUCCGAUGGGCCCUCGCUUUCUGAUACUACCCGCGUCCGGAUGACGCUCUGCUCUAAGGGUCUACCUGUUGAGUUAGCAUUGGAUAUCAUGGAAUUCGCCAACUACGAACCAGUUCACAGGAAAUUGGACCCACCGCAUGAUCCUCUACACCCUUCAAAUCGAGAGCAGCUUGGGAAAUAUCUCAAAUACUGCUGGCAGACAAUGGUCCGCUGUUUUGCGAUAAUGAAAGAGCUUGGAUUCGAUCCUGUUAAUGGCGGAGAAGAGGAAUCCGGCAUGAACUGGAAAAGUAUGAUCCAGGAUUGUAUUAUUGGGCUCUUUGGUCAUGAGAAGAAUAAGGGUCAUAGUGGAGAUCUUGGGCUUUGGUGGACCAAGGACCAGAGACGCGAUAGGAUAUGGUAUAGAAAUAAAGGUCUCGAGGAGGGUUUCCCGGGAUAUGUGUUUAUCUCGUGUUCGGAUGUAAAGGAUGCAUUGGCAUGUGACCCAUGGAUUAAGGACGAGAUCUAA